AUGCAUGAAUGGGUUCAGAAGAAGGAAAUUCAGACUUGGUUGUACAACCAUGGCCAGAGCCAUAGUCAACAGGCUCUGAUCAAAUAUGGUGGCAGUUGGACACUGAGGAAGUGUUGGAAGAAGCCAGGAUCCACAGAAAUGAUCAAGUCUUAUUGGAAGGCCAUCAACACCAUCAUGAGGUCCCUUACUGCCAAGGAGAUACAGGAGGCCAAGGCAUUGGCCAAAGAAUGGAAUGAGUGGCAGCCACCUUGGGAUGUUCAGUCAGAAACCACAGAGAAGAAAGGCUGUAAAUAUGCUGAGGAAUUUGCUAAGGAAAUGUGGAAGCAGUGUGGUGCCAGGGUGGUAGUGAUGGCAGCAUGGGAAGAUGCUGAUGGAGAGAUUUUGACCAACUUGUCCAGACAUGAUUUCAAUGAUGAAUUGGGUAAUGGCAAAUUAUUUGAGGAGUUGGACAAGUGCCAGAAUAUAUUCAUAAAGUAUGCACAAAUGGCAUUUGGGAAUGGUGGCACCGAUGCCAAGUCACCAGACAAAGAUGCCACUCCAUGGUCAAGGCAGAGAAAGAGCAAUGGGAAACCUAAAACCAUCCUGCCAUUUCUGCCACCUGAGGUUCCCUUCAAAGAGCUGAGUCAACUUACCCAGGACAAGUUGACAGCAAUCUUGGAAUGGUGGCAAGAGCAAAAAGAGGGACAUCCCAACAAUAUAUUUGGCUUCAAGAAGUGGAGAGAUGCUGGAGGGUCCCUCCAAAUGCUGGUAGCAGUGGCUGACAGCAGUGGAGUGAGGAUGGGUGUGAAGCAGGAUUUGGAUGGGAGCCCAGACCACUUGGCAGGCAAAAGGACAAUGGAUAGAAUGAUGCAGUGGGUGUUGCCCUUUGAAAACAAGGUGCAAACACUUGUGAUGGGUAAUCAUCUUGGAAAGCAUUGCUGUAUCCAUGUCCACCUCACCAAACACCUUUGGUGUGUGACAGCAGGGCAGGAGGAAGCAGUGACAGCAAACAGAAAUGAUGGUACAGGCACAAGCAUGGUGGAUGAAGAUGCCACAGAGGCAGUACCAUUGCUGGAUUCCCAGUGGCAGAUUGCCAGAUGCCAAGUGGCUGAGGGUGACACCUGCCAGCCAAUUGCCAUUGGCAAGGAACCACCAAAUGCCUGGCAGCAGGUUGUGGGCAGCAAUACAAGCCCUGUGCAACCAAUGCCAGAAGGCUGCUGCAUUGAUUCACCUGAUUCUCUCUGCCCAGCAGAUCCUUUGGCAGUGCCAACAACUAUCAAGAGAGGCCAUAAACAGGAAGAUUCAAAGUGCAAGUUGCCCAUUCCAUCAAUGAUACCCAUGCACUGGACUGGCAUAGACAAUGCAAGGGGUGCAGAAGGCACCAAAGUGGCCCAAUGA